AUGCCCCCACGACGAGCCAAGGCCGAAUCGGCCGGUUCGAAGAAACAGUCCGACGUCUCGGCCUCUACAUCCGCCUCUGACGUUGCUACUCCCAAGUCAAAGGGUACCAGGAGCAGAGCUAAAUCGAUAUCCAAGACUGCUACUGCUGUAGCUGCAGCUACUCCCAAGGCUGUGACGACUCCCAAAGCUGCUGCUGCUGCUGCUCCUGCUGCUCCUGCUGCUGCUGCUCCUGCGACGCCCAAGGUUUCAACUCCCAAGAUUUCAACUCCCAAGCCUUCAACUCCCAAGAUUUCAACCCCCAAACCUUCAACUCCCAAGCCUGCACCAAGGAGGACAUCUACAUCUGCCUCGGCCAACGGCGAAAAGUCCAAGACUAAGAGUCGCGUCGCGAUCGAUGGCGGCGGCAGUGGAGGAAUCGCGAGCAAACUCCCCGAAUGGUCGCGCUUCCCAGCCGUCGCGCUGACGAGUUUCGGACUGGCUAGUCUGGGGUACAGCGUCCUCGGGGCCGUGACGAACGGGGAGUUGCAGGCUAGGAGCCGGCUCCAGGAGUCGUGGGGUGAGGUCGGGGUGCUGGCGGGAUGGAGACUGGUCGAACUCGCGGUCGGCUGGUUCGGUAACCUCGACAGCCUGGAUGUUGCGACGCUGAAUCUCCUGUCCCACGGACCUCCUCUCUACCUCCUCACGACCUUUUACGAACUCUCGCCCCUGACGGCCAUGCUCUCCUUCGCCCUGGACGUGGCCUCGGCGGCGGUGCCGUUCUACGCGCUCCGCCCGCUGUCGGCGGUGCACACGCGGUCGGCGCGCCUGCCCAACCGCGAGCUCGCCGGCCUGGGCCUGCAGCUGUACACGGCCGCGCUGGCGACGGCGGUGUACACGGUCGUCAUGACGCUGUCGCUGCGUUUCGCCCUCCCGCGUGCCCUGGCCGUGUACUUCUCCGGCCUGCCGUCGCUGGAGCCGGCCUACGGCGCCUCGUACUGGUCCCUGCUGCCGGCGACGGUGCAGUUCGGCGCCGCGGCCUCGAGCUUCAUAUACGCGCCCUUUGCGACGACGGGCCGUGCCAAGGACGACGACCGCAUCGCCCAGUUCGACCCGGCCGCGGCGUCGCUCCGCGAGACGGUCGAGUGGAACUUUCUCGGGUACACGGCCAAGACCAAGGUGGUCGUCGGGCGCACCGCGCUCGCCGUCGCCGUCACGGCCGUCAACACGGCCAUCGCAUGCCGCAUGACCAUCUACGGCGUCGAGGUGGCGGGCGCGGUCGCUUACGCUGCAGCUUGGGCGGUUGCCACGGCUUGCGUCGGUGCCGGGUUGGCGUUUGUCGGAGGGUAUGAGUAG